UCCCGCUCGCGCUGAGGGAGCAUCUCCAUCUGCCGAGGAGGACAGGUAUGCAGCACGAGGGCCGUCCGAGCGGCGACUGCAGCCCAGCUGAUGAGGACGCGGCGGUCUGACGGGGAAAGGUGGAGAGAGGGAGAGAAAGAGAGAGAGAGACCCGCUGAGCGCUUCAUGCCCGCGGAGGGGAACCUGCGCGUCUGCGUGUCCUUGCAGCCCGGGGACAUGUGCUAAGUUGCGGAGGAAGGAGGGGGGGACAGUGGCAGCCAGGUAGUCCUACUACGCACGAGCGCUCCCUCCGUCCGGACCUCCGCGCUGAACUUUACCCGCUGCGCCUUGACGCGAUGGCCGCUGCAGCGGCGGCCGCCGCCGCUCCGGCCGCGCUCGGGGAAGUUGGAGGCGUUCUGCACGGAAUCGAAGGAGUCGUCCACGUCGGGUCGCAUUUCCUCCUGACCCCUCCCGGGGACGGUCCCACGCUGCUGGGGGAGCACCUCGUCCCCGGGGACAGACUCUACCGGAGCGCCGCCACGGAUUUAACGCACCUGAAAGGGAUCCUGAGGAGGCGGCAGCUGUACUGCAGGACUGGGUUUCACCUGGAAAUACUUCCGGAUGGCACAGUGCAAGGGACGAGGAAGGACCACAGCCGGUUUGGUAUUUUGGAAUUCAUAAGCCUUGCUGUUGGAUUGAUAAGCAUUAGAGGAGUGGACAGCGGGCUGUAUCUGGGCAUGAACGACAAAGGGGAGCUGUAUGGCUCUGAGAAGCUCACCGCAGAGUGCGUCUUCAGGGAGCAGUUUGAGGAGAACUGGUACAACACAUACUCGUCCAACCUCUACAAGCACGGAGACAAAGGGACGCGUUAUUUUGUGGCGCUGAAUAAAGACGGGACGCCACGGGACGGGACUAAAUCCAGGCGGCACCAGAAAUUCACCCACUUCCUGCCCAGGCCCGUGGACCCCGACCGCGUGCCCGAGCUCUACAGGGACAUCCUGGGACACAGCUGAGGCGCCGCAGGCCCGGUCCCGGAUCAGGAAUAGCUGCUUGAAGCCCCGGCGAGAGCGGGGCGGGAGGCGAGGCGGGGACGUGGCCCGG